AUGUCCCCCCUUGGGGAGGCCGCCCUGGGCCCGCCAGGCGGCGACCCGCCCAGAGGCGGCAGGCUGGCCGUCUUCGAGGACGACGUGCUGUACGCGCUGGCAUCCGUGUCGCUGGUGCUGUUCGCGGGGCUCAUGAGCGGCCUGUCGCUGGGGCUGAUGUCCAUCGACAAGGUGGAGCUGGAGGUCCUCAAGGAAAGCGGGACCGAAAGCGAGAAGAAGUGCGCGAGGAGCAUCAUGCCGGUCGUGGAGAAUCAACACUUCACACUGGUGACACUAUUGCUGUGCAACGCAGCAGCCUUGGAGGCACUGCCCCUGUUCUUGGACGAUUUGACAGACCCUGUGACAGCAGUCAUUUUGAGUGUCACCGUUGUCCUGCUGGUCGGUGAAAUCAUUCCACAGGCUGUGUGUGCCAAGUACGGCCUCUUCGUGGGUGGCCGCUGUGCAUGGCUGGUCAUCGCCCUGCGAGUGCUCACCGCACCUGUGUCUUGGCCACUUGCCAAAUUGUUGGACUGGGUGAUGGGCCCAAACAAGACAGUUCUGUUUAAGCGAGCACAGCUGAAGGCGUAUGUCAGCUUGCUGGACCAAGACAGAGGGAUUAGCAAAGAUGAGGUGGCUGUCAUCAUUGGGGCUCUCGAUAUGCAGAAGAAGAGCGCCAUCGAAGGGAUGACGCCAUGGGACAAGGUGUUCAUGCUGUCUGAAGACACCGCCCUAGAUGAAAACGUUUUGUGGGAUAUCCUUGGCAAGGGCCACAGCAGGAUUCCUGUCCAUCGAAGCGGCGAUAGAAAGGACAUCCUGGGGUUGGUCAUAGUGAAGGAACUUGUCCUUAUUAAUCCAACAAGGCGGAAAAAGGUUUCAGACUGCCACAUGCGCAGCAUACCCCGCUUGCCAGCCAACGCCCCGAUGUAUGACCUCUUAACGCUAUUCCGUGCGGGACGCAGCCACAUGGCAGUGCUCUGUGAGCCGCCGAAGUCCACAGGCAGUGAUUCCCCAGACAAGUCGCUGGCCUUGGGGGACCCUUUGGGCAUUAUCACGUUGGAGGACGUCAUUGAAGAGUUGCUUCAGGGAGAAAUUGUGGACGAGACGGAUAAGUUCGUUGACAAUACGCAAACGCAGAAGGUGCAGACGGCCCUGCUGCUUGCCCGCCUCCCUCAGAACGUUAAAGAGCUGCUGCGCUUCACUCGAGCAAGGAGCUUUGCCGACCAUUCGUCCAAGUUUCGAUGGCUGACCAGGUCGACCACGGCCACGAGUUUACCAUUUGGCAGCGACGCGGCGAGGACGCCGCUGCUCCAGUCUUUGGAAGGUAUCGGGAAUCCUGGCUUGUCUCCCAGCGACAAUGGCGACCCGCUGGGAGAUGCAUCUUAUUCUUAA